ACUAGUGUUUUUUGGCAGUAAAACAAAAGGGAAGAUUUUGGGGAGGACUGGAGGGAGUAUUCUGUUUGAUUCUUCCCUGUUUACCGUCUUUCUUCUCUCUGCCAUCUGGUGCGGCUCUUACCAUCAAUCUCACCAUCGCCAUAAAAUAAUAACCGACCACAGAUUGCGGUUUGCGGAGAGGAAGGUGGAAUUUUUUAUUUAUUUGACUUCUGAUUUCAACCAUAGAUGACGGUGGAGGGCGGUGGCGUAUCAUAGCAGCAUGGUGGAGGUCAUUGAGCGUUAGGGGGUGGAACGUUUUGAGGGCAUUGGUGUGGGUUUCUGUUGCAGUUGAUUUUGUUGAGUUGUGAUGGACAAGUAAGGGCAUUAUUGACAUUUUACCCCUCACAUUGGUUAUUGUGCCAAAACUUAAGUGGACAAAAAUUGGGGGACGGAGGGAGUAUAUACAUUCAUAAAGCAUCUGUAUGAUUCUAUAUCUGGAUGUUCCAGAAUUUUGGGAUUAUCGGUAAGGAAAUGGGUGAAGAAGAUGAGACUUCACAAGUUACUAGAAGAGCCACUAGACUAUCAACAUCAUCUGGGGAACUAAAAACAAAUGAUGUUGUGCCGGAGUUGAAACCUCUCACGGUAAACGAUCUUGCUUUUGGGAAUGAAUCCAUUACCUUUGAUGAGUUGAUGUCCAGUUUACCUGGAAGGCAGCCUCAAAUUCGUCAACUUUUGCAUUUAUUAGGGCCCUUGAAUUCCCCAAUUUAUCCACUUUUCAUGUACGGUGGUGCUUCUGUGGGGAAAACAAGCACAAUCCUUCAGACUUUUAAGUAUCUAAAGAGGCCAUUUGUGUACUGUAGCUGCAUAACUUGUUAUAGUCCUAGGAUCUUGUUUGAGUCCAUCUUGAACCAGUUGCUGCUGCACAGAAGAACCGAAAGCAACGGGUACUCAAGUGCAAAGCGGUGUAGUGAUAGGCCCUCAGAUUUUGUGAAUCUCCUACAAGAAGCCCUUGCUAAAGUUGUUGAUGAUUUGAAGAGGAACGAGGAGAUGCAAGAAUGUAAUAAGAAGUCAGCUCAAAGGAAUGCGAAUGGGAGGAUGAUUUACUUGGUAUUUGAUAAUUUAGAGCUCAUGAGGGGAUGGGACAAGCAUGAGACACUGCCCUUCCUGUUUAAACUCAAUGAUGUUCUGAAGAGGCCAGAAGUGGGGUUGAUCUUCAUUAGUCGGACAUCUCCCGACACUUAUUUCUCUGACAACGUGGGGUGUGUGGAGUUUGUUGAUGUUUACUUUCCUGAUUACACAGAAGAUGAUCUUCGCCAAAUCUUAAUGAGGAACCAAGCAAACCCAAAGCUGUAUUCAUCCUUUCUGGGUGUGGUGCUGAGAUCUUUCUGCCGAGUCACAAGACGAAUUGAUGAGUUGUCUGCUGCAUUGUCACCACUAUUCAAGAUAUACUGUGAGCCCCUUGAUGACACAGGAGCAGUUCCUAACCAAGAGAUGACCAAUAGGUUGAUUAAUCACCUCAAACCACAUAUCGGACGAUCAAUGAAUGAGGUCUUCAGAGUGUUGUCCAGACCCUCCUCUGAAACAACUGCCUCCAACGAGACCAAGCACAAUAAAGUCUUUGAAAGUAAAUCUUCUGGCCAGGUCGACUUUCACAUGUCUGUGUGUGCAAAGUAUCUUCUUAUUUCUGCAUUUAUUGCUUCAAGAAACCCGGCAACGCUUGAUGCCUCCCUCUUCGAUCCAACUGGAGGAUGUAGCAGUCGGAAGAAGAAGAGAAAGGUCUCUCAGAAAUCAGUGGAGCAGAAGGAGAUUACAGAGCAAGAAUCUCUCAUGAAAGGACCAGGCACUUUUCCUUUGGAAAGAUUAUUAGCCAUAUUUCAGUGUAUAACAUCCAUUGAUGAAGAAGAAGAGGCUACGGAAGGGAAGAGGCUGGAGAAUGGGUUGACAUCGGAUGUUCUCUUACAGUUAUCAAGCCUUUGCAAUGCUAAUUUCAUCAGCAAAGGAGGAAGCUGCCCACUGGAAGGCUCAAUACGGUAUCGAUCUUUGGUGUCUGAAGAUUUGGCCCUCAAGGUUGCUCGGAGCCUGCAAUUUCCUCUGUCGAAGUAUUUGUACAGAUGAUGUUUGCUUGUUGCCCUCUGCAAAUGUUAGCACUUCACACUCUAUACAAAGAAGAUGGCAUUAUUGGCAUAUGGUUGCACGUAAUGCCAUCAUCCCUAUGAGUCAGACUGCAAGGAUGUCAAACCUUGAAAAGGGUAUUUUGAUAAUAUCUCAUUGAUUGGUGAUUGUAAAACUCUUGUACAAGAGGAUUAGCAUUAUUGUUUAAAAUUUUAAUGGUGUAGAUUAAUUUUGAAAAUGUUUAAGGCUACUAUAUGUUAAAAUAUAUUUUAGUUUUAUUU